AUGGCCCCAACCCCAAUCUCAAUCCCGCUCUUCGCGGAAACCCAGCUCCAACUCCUCCUCCACGAACACGAAGCCGAGGUCUCCUCCUCUUCCCUCGCCUCGACCGCCGCGUCCAUAUCGCCGUCAACCCGACGAACACUUCAAGCAACAGGUUACGCCCUGACAGGCCUGGUGCUGUCACAAUGCCGCACCGGCAUGGGAGGUCGCGUGGUGGGCGAGUUCACACCCGACCCCGCUAUCGCGUCGGGAUCAAAAGAAGAUGGUGAGCGGGCGUCAGAUGGACAACCUCGUCUUGGAUCGCAUGGAAUCCGGGUUGGCGAUGUUGUUCGUGUCAAUGAUGUUUCUGCGGGGUCGGCGAAGAAGGUGGGGAAGGAUAAGGGUAAGGAUGGGAAGGAGGGGGCGAAGGGUGGACCGGAAGGUGUUGUUACGAAGACUGGGGAUAAGGCUAUUUGGAUUGCGUUUGGACAGAGGGGCGGUGGGGGUCGUUCGAAGGAGGAGGAUGAAGCUAUUGAGGAGUUGUGGGGGAAGAAGCUUUGGGCGAUUAAACUUGCCAAUGAUGUUACUUAUAGACGGAUGAGGCAGACUAUGGAGAAGAUGGUCAAGAUGACCGAGGCAGACCAUUCGCAUUUCAUGCGAGUUGCAUUUGGACAUACGACCCCGUUACAACCGGACCAUGAGGAGACGGGGCCAAUUGGAUUUAUGGAUCCGACAUUGAACGACUCGCAGAAAGAUGCCAUUCGAUUCGCCCUGGCUUCGAAGGAUAUCUCUCUCAUUCACGGCCCGCCCGGUACCGGAAAGACGCACACUCUUAUCGAACUCAUCAUGCAAUUGGUCGAGCGGAAGAAACGCAUUUUGGUCUGCGGUCCAUCAAAUGUAUCCGUGGAUAAUAUCGUGGAGCGACUGGCCCCGAAAAAGGUCCCGGUCGUACGGAUCGGACAUCCAGCCCGACUCCUUCCUUCGGUGCUCGAGCACUCUUUAGAAGUUCUUACGCAGACGUCUGAUGCCGGGAAUAUCGUUAAGGAUGUGCGCAAGGAGAUCGACUCCAAGCAAGCUAGUAUCCGCAAAACCAAGUCCGGUCGAGAAAGACGGGCAAUCUACGACGACUUGAAACAGCUCCGUAAGGAGUUCCGAGAGCGCGAGUCCAAAUGUGUUGAUAACUUGGUGCGCGAGAGCAGCGUGGUUCUGGCGACGCUUCAUGGUGCUGGAGGUCAUCAGCUGAAGAAUCAGAGGUUCGACGUGGUCAUCAUUGAUGAGGCUAGUCAGGCUCUAGAGGCUCAAUGUUGGAUUCCACUUUUGUCUGCGGAAAAGGUUGUGCUCGCUGGCGAUCACUUGCAACUACCACCGACUGUCAAAUCAGCCAACUUGAAGUCCAAGGAUGCAAAAGAAAGUGGCCAGCCGAAGAACGAAACUGCCGACAAGGAGAUUCUCAAGGGUGUUUCCUUAGAACGGACGCUGUUCGACCGCUUAUUGUCUUUACACGGCCCAGCCAUCAAACGGAUGCUAACUACACAAUACCGAAUGCAUGAGAAAAUCAUGCGGUUCCCAUCAGACGAGCUCUACGAGUCAAAGUUGAUGGCCGCAGACUCGGUCAAAGCCCGACUUCUAGCCGAAUUACCCUACGAAGUCCAAGGCACAGACGACACCCAAGAACCCCUUGUAUUCUGGGAUACACAAGGCGACGACUUCCCCGAGCAGGCCGAAGAUAAAGAGAUCGGCAACAAGGAGGCUCUCCUGGGUGAAAGCAAAAGCAACGAGAUGGAAGCAAUGGUCGUUGCCAGACAUGUGGACAAGCUCAUCGACGCGGGUGUCAAGCCCGAGGAUAUCGCCGUGAUCACACCUUACAACGGCCAGCUUGCACUUCUGUCUCAGACGCUUCGUGAAAAGUAUCCCGGUCUUGAACUGGGCAGUGUUGAUGGCUUCCAGGGCCGAGAGAAGGAAGCCGUGGUCGUUAGUCUUGUACGCAGUAAUGCGGAGCACGAGGUGGGAUUCCUCGGGGAGAAACGACGGCUCAACGUGGCUAUGACGCGCCCCAAGCGGCAUCUCUGCAUCUGCGGGGACUCGGAGACCAUCAGUCGCGGCAGCAGCUUUCUGAAGCACUGGAUGGACUAUUUGGAGGAAAAUGCGGACCUGCGAUACCCCGACGCUGGCGAUCUACUGAGUUAA